GAUUUAAAAUCACUUCUUACUACACUCACCAAUGUAAACAGGUCCACCGACUCAAAUUUUACAGUCCAUUUAUAUCUCAUUGUUAAAAUUAAAUAUAAUGAGUGAGAGAUUGAAAGAGUUGCGGGAGCGCUCCCGCAAAAGGAAGGAAUUAUUAGCCCGGACGUUUGGAGUUGGCAGCGUGCAAGAAUUGAGCCGGGUGCUCGGAACCGCGGAGGAAGUGCCGAGCAAAAAAGCGCAAUCAGACGACAGUUUAUAUGAGAAAGCCAAGGAAAAAGAGCUUGAGGGCAAGGAAGAAAGUGACGAUGCUGACAACCUUGUUUACACCGACUCUUCGACUUUCCUGAAAGGGACACAGUCGUCCAAUCCACACAACGACUACUGUCAGCAUUUUGUUGACACUGGCCAGCGGCCACAGAAUUUCAUUCGGGACGUUGGCCUUGCCGAUAGAUUCGAGGAGUACCCUAAGCUUAGGGAGCUCAUCAAAUUAAAAGAUGACUUGAUUGCCAAAACAGCAACUCCACCCAUGUACUUGAAAUGUGACUUACAUUCUUACGACCUGAAAAAUCUAAAAAGCAAAUUCGACGUCAUACUCGUUGAGCCACCCUUAGAGGAAUACCAGCGGACUAUGGGAGUUACGAACAUGGAGUUUUGGCCAUGGGAGCAGAUUAUGGAACUUGACAUUGGAGAGGUCGCGGCGCCGCGAAGCUUCAUUUUCUUGUGGUGCGGCUCUUCUGACGGACUCGACCUCGGUCGCUACUGCUUGCGCAAAUGGGGCUUCCGCAGGUGCGAAGACAUCUGCUGGAUAAAGACAAACGGCAACAACCCUGGCCACUCGAAAAACCUUGACUCUAAAGCAGUGUUUCAGCGCACAAAGGAGCAUUGUUUGAUGGGCAUCAAAGGCACAGUAAGACGAUCAACCGACGGCGAUUUCAUUCACGCCAACGUUGACAUAGAUCUCAUUAUAUCUGAAGAGCCAGAGUAUGGAUGUUUGGACAAACCAGUGGAAAUUUUUCACAUCAUUGAACACUUUUGUCUAGGCAGACGAAGACUGCACGUGUUUGGACGAGACAGCACGAUCCGGCCCGGCUGGUUGACCAUCGGUCCAGCGCUGACAAACAGCAACUUCAAUGCUGACCAGUACUCUGGCUACUUCAGCAACGGGCAGUUGACUACCGGAUGCACCGAACGCAUAGAGGCGCUGCGGCCUAAGUCGCCGCCUCCGAAGGGCAAAGGGCCGCCCGGCUCCAGGGGAAGGGGUGGUGCCUCCAGAGGUGGAUUCAAUCGCGGCCGGGGAAGGGCCAGAUAGGCGUAGCUUACAACCGACAGCACUCUCCUUAUUUUUUAUAGAUUUUAACUCUUUAUUCGUAUAAUAUUCUCGCUACGUUAAACAGUUGUCAAAUAAAUUAUAACAUCUGCAAGA